GUCCCUGGCAGGCUGUACCAAACUCUUGAGGGCGGUCUCCCAGGCACCGUCGACGAAACUCCUAUCUGCUUCUGGCAUUCUCUCUGUCUGUUUCCACAGGUCUGACUGUGUGCUGAGUCCAUGACAAUGGCUGAUCACAGUUCUCCAGAUUACUUCAGCUGCUCCCUAUGUCAGAGCCUUCUGAGGGAUCCUGUGGCUAUCCCCUGUGGCCACAGUUUCUGUAUGGACUGCAUCAGUGGAUAUUGGAACGAGGCUGACUACACAGGGAUUUAUAUUUGUCCCCAAUGUAAGAUCACAUUCACCCAGAGGCCUGUGCUACGCCCCAACGCCACUCUGAGCAUGGUGGCUGAGAAGAUCAAGAAGAGCGGUCUGAACCUCAACCUCAACAUGUCCCAGGUGAACGUCUACGCCGGACAGAAUGAUGUCCCCUGUGAUUUCUGCACUGGGAAGAAGUUGAAGGCUGUGAAGUCCUGUCUGAACUGCCUGGCGUCCUACUGCGACAAGCACCUGAAGCCUCACUAUGAAUCGGCCACAUUCAAAAGGCACAAGCUGGUAGAGGUCCUUGUGAACUUGGACAGGAAGAUCUGCCCGCAGCACCAGAAGUCCCUGGAGCUCUUCUGUCGAACUGACCAGAUGUGUAUCUGUGCCAUCUGCACAGUCAGCGAACACAGGGGCCAUGACAUCGUCUCUGCUGAGGCAGAGAGGGGUGAGAAACAGAAACUGUUGGGCGUCUCCCAGGCUGAGAUUAGACAAAAAUGCCAGGAGAGGGUGAAGGAGUUGGACGAACUGAAGACUGCAGUGGAUUCCCUGAAGAAUUCAGCCCAGAGAGCCAUGGUAGAGAGCCAGAAGAUGUUCGAGGAUAUGAUCCGCUCCAUUGAGAGGAUGAGGUCAGAGGUGACCAAGUUAAUUGGCAUCAACGAGAAGGCCGCUUUCAACCAGGCCGAGGCUUUGAUCGAGCGACUGGAACAGGAGAUUGAUGAGCUGAAGAAAAAGGAGACGGGGCUCAAGCAGCUGUACAGCACAGAGGACCACAUUCACUUCUUGCAGAACUUCAACUACCUCUGCACUCCAACUGAUGAUAGCUUCCUUCCCAGAGUGACGGUAAACCCUGACUUCUCCUUUGGGGCUGUGAGGAAAGCUGUCGCUGAGAUUAAGGACCGACUUGAGGAGUUUGGCAGAGAGGAGCUGCUUAAGAUCUCCAAGUCAGUGAAUGAGGUCCCAGUCUACACGACAGAAAGUCGAACAUUGGAAAGAAAGAGCAGAGGGAAAGAAAUGAUAGUGAACAACCUCCUUCCACCGGAACCGAAGAGCAGAGCAGACUUUGUGAAAUACUUCUGCCAGCUGAAAUUAGACCCGAGCACAGCCUACAAGGAGCUAUUCAUCUCUGAAACCAGCAGAAAAGUCAUCCGCACAAGGGACCUGCAGCCCUAUGGGGACAACCCAGAGCGGUUUGACAGCUUUGCCCAGGUGCUGUGCCGGGAGGCCCUGUCUGGGGGUCGCUUCUACUGGGAGAUCGAGUGGAGUGGGGAGUUCUCCAUCGGAGUGGCCUACAACAGCAUCAGCCGAAAGGGCAAAGGCUCACUGUGUCUCCUGGGCUACAACGACAAAUCCUGGAGUCUCCUCUGCUCCGACACAGGUUACUCUGCAUGGCACAACCGUGUGGACAAAACCGUCAAUGGCCCCCACUCCCCCAGAAUAGGUGUGUACCUGGACCACACUGCAGGUGUGCUGGCAUUUUACAGCAUAAGCAACACCAUGACCCUCCUGCACAGGUUUGAGACCACAUUCGUUGAGCCCAUCUAUCCAGGCUUCGGAGUCGGGACCUCAGUCAAGAUCUGCAAUAUCAAGUGAUCGUCGACAAUUGAGCCCUCAUUUGAAAAUAUUUUACAUUUGUUUCUUACACUACACAGCAAUGCUUUUGGAAUAUAUAUUUUUGCAGAAAACAUUUUGACAUUGUACCAGGCCACAUGAACUGAGUUUUAUCGUUUUGUGUUCAAAUGUGUAUAUAUAUUUUUUUAACCCUACACAUCACAUAUUAGGUUUUGCAUUCAUGCAUGCUCUCAAAUCACAUUAUCGUGUUAGUUUUCUAAGACUUUGCUGAAAUACAUAACAACUACGUAAUCAUGCAAGUACAAUACAAUAUGAAGAAUAGUGUUAUUCCAUUUAGCUUCUAAUAAAAACUGCUGAAGGAUAUUAUAACAUGUCAGUAUGCAAUAAAUGUUCCACAGAUAAAAAUAUACAUUACAUUUUUAGAUUUAGUUUUAGAUUUACAAUUAUUUCUAAAUCAAAGGUAUGACAUAUUAUGAUACAUUAUGAUAUAAUUAUAUUUCAUAAUGACUGUGCCCUGAGAUAACCUGAGGUACAUUUUCUUAUGUCAUCACACUGUUGGACAAUAUUAUUUCAGAAUACAUUUAAAGUCCUUGCAUUUUGUAUAAUGUUCAUGUCCCUGCAUCAACAGGUAGUAUUAUGGUUUCAUUAUUCAGAAUAUUCAUGUUUUGAUAUUAUCUGUCAAGUCACAUCAGUUGCUGAGCCUGUUUUUCUCACUUGAACUAACCCUUAUUUAAAUUUGUGUAUGUUUACUUAUAUAAUGGCCAACCAGAUUAUAAUUGUUAUCUUGUUUUGUAACAAAAUUAUCCAUUUAUAGUUCGAAAAUAAAGAGCUAAAUGAA